GUGCACUAUGUCGUCGAUGUGGGUCGGUCGACGACGAGCGUCGUCGGGUCUUGCAGUUUUUUGUGCGAUCCCGACAACGUUUUUGUUUGUCCGCCGGCCCUCCCCCCGAAUUUCGAACCGGCCGCCGACGAAACCGUCACCCGACGGAUUUUUCCCGACCGCGACGAUUUUCGUGUUUCGACGGUUUGUCCGUGGACGUGUACCUCGUUCAAAUGUGUUACCCACGCACUCAAUGGGGGAAAAAAACCGUUUAACGCUAUUGGUUUUGACAAACAGUAGACUUACCGGAUGGGGGUACUUACUCAACAGAGUCGACUACUGAGACGUGUUGGUUUUGCAGAUACUUUUCAUUUCUGUGUUCUGUGUACUCGUGUAGCUUUUCUGUUUUUUUUCUCAUCCUUGUUGAUAGAAUGCGACGUUUGUCAGCAUUAGGCACUGCGAGUUGGACAACGCUGUUAACAAUUUAUCACUUCUAGUAUUUUUUCCUUACCACCAUUAUCAUGUUACACUCAAACUAUGAAUUAUGUUUUGAACUCACUUCAAUAUUAAUAUUAGAUGGUACCUAAUAGGUAGUCAAUAUCAUUGUUUAAAUUUAAUUUUAAAACCUAAUUCCCGUGAAUGGUAAAUCGUAUGUUGUUGAAUGAAAGUAUCUAUAUUACUUCUCAAUUUACACAUAAAAACAAAUCAGUAAAAUAAUUGCAGAGAUUGUAGUGGAUCAUGUAAUAUCAAAUGCUAACAAAGUUUAUGGUUUGGAUCACGUGACAAAUAUUAUGAAAUUUCAUAGCAAAUACCUCGAGGCUUUUUUGAAUUUGCAAGAAUUUAUAAUUUAUAGAGAAGGUCCGUUGCCUAUUCAAUAUCGGCACUACAUCGCUAUCAUGGCAGCUGGUCGGCACAAGUGCACGUAUCUUAUAAACUUUCAUAAAAAACAGUUUUUGGAACAUAAUGGUGAUCCUAGUUGGUUGCUUGGUCUCUCACAUGUGCCACGUAAACUUCGUAAUUUAUAUGAAAUCAACAAGAUUUUAGCACAUCGACCUUGGCUUGUAACAAAAGAAGAUAUCAAAAAAGUCGUCAAAGGUCCAAACUCAUGGUCAAUGUCAGAUUUAGGACAUGCUAUCAUACUGCUUGUUCAUUUUCAUAGUUUGUGUAGCUUUGUGUUUGCUUGCAACUUAAAUGAUGAAAUACCACGAGCAGUAAAAGUAUCUGGUGUUUACUUCAGACGUAGAAGCAAACCAUGCUUGAGAGGCUAUGCUGAUGAAAGCAUUAUAUCUGAUGAUGAAGGUCUUGAACCGAUAGUGGAACGAAUGAAAAAAUUAAGUGAGCCAGCCUCAGAACAAGAACGUAUACAAAGAUAUGAACUUGUUCAGAGUCAAUUAUGCGACAGUGACACUUCUGCUGAUAAUGGUUUGGAUCCAGAUGUUAAGCCAUUUGUUGAAGACUCUGGUUAUUCUUACUUAGAUUGCUCACGUCGACAAUUUGCUCAACAAUCUUCAUUUAUUCUGCAGGAAUUUUCUUGGGAUCAUCAUGGUUAUUCAUUAAUCAACCGUUUAUUUAAUGACAUUGGACUAAUAUUGGAUAAAAAGUUCCAAACCGCUUAUAACAUGACAUAUUAUACAAUGGGCGGUCGCCCUCAUAUUGAUACUUCAAGGUUCCGUAGAGCAAUUUGGAAUUAUAUUUAUUGUAUUUAUGGAAUGAGAAAUGAUGAUUAUGAUUAUGAAGAUGUCACACAGUUGCUUCGAUCUCAAUUGAGAGUAUAUGUCAAGACUGCUGCUUGUUACCCAGAACGUUUGAACAAAACAACCACUGAUAAUACACUUAAACAUUUUGAAUUAAGCGAAAAGAUUCACAUAAAUUUAAUGAUUAUGGAAGCACGAAUGCAGUCUGAACUUUUAUUUGUAUUGCGUGCUGUUAUGAACUACAUGUUAUGAUAUGCAGUAACCAUUUACGUAUAUAUUAUAUAUAUUUUUUAUAACAUGUUAUACAUUUUUUUUUUUGUUAUAAUUUAUCAACAUGUAUACAAUUUUGGUUAUACGAUUUAUACUUGAAGGGAAACCAUGAUUUGUUCUCAUAUUUUACUUUGCUUUACUUUUGUAUUAGCUUAAUUUAAUCUAUUUAUUUCGAUUCACAAUAUUUGCCGAUAUUUUCUAUAUUAUCAUUGUUUUUACAAAUUUGUAUUUUAUAUUAACUGAAUAUUCAAUAUUUUAUAGUUAUAUUUUAAUGUGAUACUUUAAUUUUAUACCGACAUUAUACCAUUUACAAAAAUAUAUAUAUAUAUAUAUUUAUCAACUAGUAUUGGAUACUAAUAUAAUUCAUAUUUUUAUACAAAUACUAAACUAUGGAACUCAACAUUGUUAUACAAUAUUUAUGUUCUGUUUUCAUUUAUACAUGUUUGUUUGUAUAUUUUAUUUUUAUUCUUGAAUAUAUAUAUAUUUUUUUUUUUUUUGGAAUUAGUACAAAUUUUAGAAAUGUUAAUCAAACUAAUAAUUGUUAUUUACCUACAAUUAAAAAACAAUUUAUACAUUUAAUAAAGUCAUGAACAAAUACAAAGUUUAAACAUUUAAUUAGUUUCAUCAUUAUUGGUAACCAAUACAUAUAUUUUUGAUGUGUUUAUUAAAAAAAAAAAAAUAUGAUGAC